AUGUAUUCAUUAGGUGAAGAAAAUAUUUUAAAAAAUUAUAUUAAUAAAACCAAUAGUAUUACAAUUGUUAAAAAAGAAAAUCAAAAAGAAGAAUAUCAAAAAAGCAAUAACAAUAACAAUAACAACAACAAUAAUAAUAAAGAAAAUGAAGGAAUUUAUGAAAUUGUAUCAACAAAAAAUGAACAAUUAAAAUGUAUUCCACAUUAUCCAAGACAAAUGGAAAGUUACAAUAAAUUUAACGAAACUUAUAUAUUUUUAUUUUGUGGUGAUGACCAUAAUAAUAUUAAUACUCUAUAUGGUUUUAAUAUCAACAGUAAAAAAAUAGAAAAGUUUAAUUUUAAAAACAACUUACAAAAAGAGUUUGGGACAUUUAGAGGUUCAUUAUUUUCUAUUUCAUCAACAAAUGACUCUAUAUAUAUCCUAAAUGGAAACAAAUAUUUAAGAUAUGAUAUAAACUCUCAAAAUACCUUUUUAAUAUCAAAUAAAUCAAUGAUGGAUAGCUCUAUGUAUAAGUCAUCUUUCUUUGACGGUAAAGAAAAUAUCUAUAUUGUGGGUGGAUUAUUAAAUGGUGCUCUUCAAGAAAACAUCUAUCAGUGGAAUAUUAGAACUAACGAGUUUAUUAAAUAUGCUAAAACCAAUGGACCAGUAUUAGAAAGCCAGCUCUGUUAUUCACCAAAAGAAGAUUGUUUAUAUAUGCUAGGGGGUUGGAUAUCGGAACAUGACUAUAAUCAAACUAUUGAUGUAUUUAAUAUCAAAGAGCGUACUGUAACAACAAUAUAUAAAUUUAAUAAUAAAGAAACUUUAUUUUCUCACAGUUGCUAUGUUCCAAAUAACCACUCGUUGUAUAUUUAUAAAUGGAAAAUUAAUCAAUUCUAUAGAUUUGACAUCAAGACCAAGACCAUAUAUCCUCUCCCUGGAUGCAUUAAAAAAACAAAUUUUUCAAGAUUGCUAUUUGAUUACAAAGAUUCAAUUUAUUUACCAAGCAACUCGUCAAUAUAUGAAUACAAGUGUUCACUAAACAAAUGGUUUGAACACGAUUUAAAUAUUGAACAUAAAUAUCUAUAUACAUGUCAUAGAAUUUAA